AUUUCAUUUGAAAGAAACUCAAUUAUAUAAAUAACCCAUUUCAUUAAUAAAAAUUCGCUUCAGCUUGCUCUUAAACCUUUUUCCCUAUCUCUUCAUCUCUUUAUUACUUACAAACACUUUGUUUUUGGAGCAAAGUUUCAAAGGAAAAAGUUUUGUGAAAGGUUUUUCCUGUUUUUUUUUUUUUUUUGGUAGUUGAAAAAGCUUGCAACAAAGUUUAGCAAUGGCCGAAGAUAGUAAAUCACGUUCAUUGGAGGAUACACCAACAUGGGCAGUUGCUGUGGUUUGUUUUGUGUUGGUUGUUAUUUCAAUCUUCAUUGAACAUGCCAUUCACGUUCUAGGGAAGUGGUUGAAGAAAAGGAACAAGCCAGCUCUUUAUGAAGCACUGGAGAAGGUUAAAGCAGAGCUUAUGCUCAUGGGAUUUAUAUCCUUGCUCCUAACAGUACUUCAAGGUCCCAUAUCUAAUAUUUGUAUACCAAAAAGCAUAGCAGACACUUGGCAUCCCUGUGCCAAGAACACUGAGGCUAAAAAAUUUUCUGGAAGUUCUGGUAGAAAACUUCUUGAAUUCUCAGAUGACACUACUACUAUUCCUCGACGCAGUCUUGCAUCAAAAUAUGACAAAUGUGUAGACAAGGGUAAAGUUGCAUUUGUAUCAUCUUAUGGUAUCCACCAGCUCCAUAUAUUCAUCUUUGUGUUAGCAGUUUGUCAUAUUCUCUACUGCAUCAUAACCUAUGCUCUGGGAAGAUCCAAGAUGAGGAAAUGGAAGGCCUGGGAAAAUGAGACAAAGACAAUUGAAUAUCAAUACUACAAUGAUCCUGAGCGGUUCAGGUUUGCAAGGGACACUUCUUUUGGUCGCAGACAUUUGAACUUUUGGAGCCAAUCAACCUUAUCCCUUUGGAUUGUUUGUUUCUUCAGACAAUUCUUUGGGUCAGUUACAAAGGUUGAUUACCUGACACUGAGGCACGGAUUUAUCAUGGCACAUUUGGCACCUGGAAACGAAACAAAAUUUGAUUUUCAGAAAUAUAUCAAGAGAUCAUUGGACGAUGAUUUUAAAGUGGUUGUCGGGAUCACUCCAACCAUAUGGUUCAUUGCUGUCAUGUUCCUGCUUGCCUAUACACAUGGAUGGUACUCUUAUUUGUGGCUACCCUUUAUCCCCUUAAUUAUAAUUCUAAUGGUUGGAACCAAGCUGCAAGUGAUCAUAACUAAAAUGGGGCUGAGGAUUCAGGAUAGAGGGGAUGUAGUCAAGGGUGCACCUGUGGUUCAACCAGGCGAUGACCUCUUCUGGUUUGGACGCCCACGCUUCCUUCUCUUCCUCAUUCACCUAGUUCUCUUUACGAAUGCAUUUCAACUAGCCUUUUUUUUCUGGAGCACGUAUGAAUUUUCCAUAAAAUCUUGCUACCAUGAGAACCUUGAAGAUAUCAUCAUUAGAGUCGCUAUGGGGGUCAUUAUACAGGUUCUUUGCAGUUAUGUGACUCUUCCACUCUAUGCUCUGGUGACUCAGAUGGGAUCAAACAUGAGACCAACAAUCUUCAAUGAUAGAGUAGCUACUGCACUCAAAAACUGGCAUCAAACAGCAAAGAAACAUGCUAAACAAAGCAGGCAUUCUGAGAAUACAACGCCCUUUUCAAGCAGGCCAGCAACUCCAACACAUGGGAUGUCUCCAGUUCAUCUUCUGCAUAACUAUCCUCGAAGUGUCGAAAGUUACAACACAUCUCCAACUCAUUCUAACUUUGAGAAUGAUCAGUUGGUUCCUCAUGAAAUCAAUGAUCAUGUUGAUGAUAACCAGAUAGACGUGAAGGAAGUAGGCAGGACUGUUCAUGAAUCUAGAUCUUCACAAGUGGCUCCAGCACCUCAGACAUUUCGAACACAACAUGAAAUUGACAUUAGUUCAUCAGAUUUCUCCUUCGCUAAAAAAUGAUCGAAAUCGAUUGAAUCAGAUCAGGUCGGAUUGAAUGAACAAUGCUGCUAAUUUUUGCCAUGUACAUUUAAAGCCAGCCUGCAUGGAAACCAAAGGGCAAACGAGAUUGGUAACAAGGAAACAAAAGUGCACAGAGAUUGGACUUCUUUUUCUUUUUUGAUAUACCAAGUUUGUUUCAUUCUUUUUAGCAUCUUGUACUUCCUUUUCUUCUACAGUUUCGAAUCUUUUAACUAAAACUUCAUCAGGUUUAGAUUUUCCUUGUAUUUUUCUAUUUUCUUUUAUGGAACUGGUCAAGAUAUAUAAUUCAUGAAACUGAUACAGCAAUCUGUAAGAUUUUUACAAGCUCAUAAUCCUAUCAAAUUUGGACAUUUCACAGCUUGAAUGAAGUAAUGCAGUUGAAUCAAGUAGAAAAAACUGAUAAACAAGUCAAAUAAACAAUCAAUAAAUCAAAUAAAAUUAGUUGAAAUUUAUG